CGUCGUGGGUGAAAGUGCGUUCUAUUCGUCCGACGACCAUCGUUACGCGGCAUUUUGAAAAAACGAACACUAAAAAAAUAUUCCUCAAAAUAAAAAAAUAAACAAUUCAGUGUUUUUUCUGUGAGUGUCAGUGUGCAAAAAAAAGAUUCUUAACUCUGUGGAUGAUUAUUUUCGUGGUUUAGUAUAGCAGUGUUGUGCCGUUUUCAGAUGUUGGAUUUUUAAUGUGAAAGAUUAUAGGAUUACCCAAGUAAUGAACGUUUUCUUUCGUGAUAACGAAGCUGAAGAUACGAGACAUCACCAGCCGCUUUUAAGACCCGAAAAACUAUAAAUCAUAAUACUAAAAAGGAUCCAAGAAUAAGACCAUGGCAUUCACACCGAAAUUCUGUGAGUCAAAAAUAGACCGUUCGCGGAGGGGAAAUUGACUGUUCCGUUAAAAUGUGAAUGCUUAAAAAUAAAACCCGGAUUUCCUUGUUAUGUUGUCAGACGGAUAAUAAUAUUCAGUGCAGUGUUAUAAUGAUGUUAAUAGUUAGUUUUAGAAUAAGACUCACUAGUAGGGGCGUUUCACCAUUGUUCUUGUUACUGCGGACUCAUAAUGUGAUAGUGUUUUGUCUUUGUACAUUGUUAUUUGGUGUGUGUGGUGGUUAUCAAGAGCAGAAGUUUGCUAUGGAGCCUCAGGAUCAGACAGCGGUAGUCGGAUCCCGAGUAACGUUACCAUGCCGAGUGGAGAACAAAGCGGGUCAGCUGCAGUGGACGAAGGACGACUUCGGACUCGGCCUCCAUCGAGAGCUCAGCGGGUAUGACCGAUACAAGAUGAUUGGGAGCGAUGAAGAAGGUGACUACUCUUUGGACAUCAGAGACGUAACGUUGGAUGACGACGCGAAAUACCAGUGCCAAGUCAGCUCAGGGAUCAAAGGUGAACCGGCGAUUCGAUCCCGGUACGCGCGGCUCACAGUGUUGGUCCCGCCAGAGCCGCCUCGCAUAGUCGAAGGCAAUUUCUUCUCGACUAUAGAAGAUAGGAACAUCAAGCUGGAGUGCGUGUCUGUUGGUGGAAAACCGCCGGCUGAGAUUACGUGGGUAGACAGCAAUGCUGGUGUUCUGACACAAGGAGUCACGUAUAGUGUGGAACCAAUGCCGGAUGGUCAGAGAUUUACAGCUAGGUCUAUAAUAAAGAUGACUCCAAAGCAAGAACACCACAACCAGACGUUCACGUGUCAAGCGCAGAACACAGCGGAUCGCGCAUACAGAGCCGCUAGCAUACAAAUAGAGGUAAAAUAUGCUCCUAAAGUGAAAAUGUUCAUCAAAUCUGGUGCUAACGGGAAGAUUCCUGAAGGAGAUGAUGUUGUUAUAGCGUGCAGAGCCGAUGCAAACCCAUCCAACCUAACAUACAAGUGGUUUUUGAAUGAAAAACUUAUUGAAGGAAAUACUACUGAAUUGAAAAUAUACAACAUAACAAGAAAAUACCACGAUGCUACAAUAAAGUGUGUAGUCUACAACGAUGUCGGAAACAGCGAAGAAAUAGAGACGCUCGAAAUUACUUAUGCUCCAACCUUCAAAACGUUACCAAAGGAUGUGGAAGCAGAAGUUGGCACAACUGUCACUCUGAGCUGUGACGUGGAUGGCUACCCUCCACCGGAGAUCAGGUGGCUUCAUCAUGAGGAAGACCAGAUGAUUAGGGUUGGAAGAACAGCUAACUUAACCCUGACAUUGGACACACACACUUCAGGCCGAUAUCUUUGUAAAGCCAGCGUCGAUGGAUACCCUGAAAUAGAGGCUGAAGCUUCAGUUUUUAUCAAAGGUCCACCAAAGAUCAUUUCAAACCAGACACAGUUUGGGUCACAAGGCGACACGGUGAACAUCGAGUGUGCAGCAUUUGCAGUGCCUAGGAUAGACAACAUCAUCUGGACUUUUGAUGGCAAAGAAAUUGAUGCUAUACAUGAUCAGGACUAUGCAUUCCUAGAAGAGCUACAAACAGGAGGAGUGGUGAACUCGACUCUAAUCAUUCGAGAGAGCCAGUCUAAACAUUUUGGGGUCUACAAAUGCAACGUAUCUAACGAUUAUGGGAGCGAUACUAUGGAAAUUGUAUUAAGACCUAACAAAACAUUCCCACUCCUCUUAAUAUUGUUCGGAGUAACAUCAGGAACCAUAAUGGUAGCCGCAGUGAUAAUGCUAGUAAUACUAUGUCAAAGAAAGCAGAGAAAGAACAAACAGACACAAGUAGCUGAAAAACCAGAUGUGACAGUAACUGCUGAAGAAUUGUAUAAAGAAAAUGAUAGAAAUUCUAAUAUAAGUGAUCUAAAACUAGAAUUGAGACAAGCAAAUGGCAGCUGUGAGAUUGACUAUUCAAACACUGGAUCGGACAGCACACUAUGUUCGAACGCUAAACUUGGCAGUGGCAUUCCAUUGGCUGGGACAGUACCUCUAUCAUCUAUAAACCAGACUAGUACAUAUCAGCCUUAUAGAUAUAGUAAUGACUAUACGGAUCCUGCUUACGCCGAUUGUUAUAAGGUGAAUGGUUUUAGCAAUGGUUACCAAACAUACGUGCAUUAUGGUCACGACUAUACCCCGGGAUCUUUGAGGGUACAGUCACCGACUAUGAGCAGUGACAAAUUAACUCCUAAUAGGUCUAUAAACGGCAGUCUACCAAGAAGUGUAGACACACCGUCUACCGUCCAGUUCAAUACUGGCAACGGUUCGCAGAAUAACUCAUUACAAAGAAAACAGAAGAGACAAGACAGCAGUAAUGCGCUGAACAAUCUUGGACUUCCUACUACUGAGGUGAGCCGAGUACCAAACGGUGGUAUAAUCCACGGCGUCGACGUGAGAUACGCAGCAACCUACGGCAACCCGCAUCUACGGACGGGCGGCGGUCUAGGGUUCGCUAAUACGGUGAACACUGCAAAACCCGCGUCGACGCCCGCGCCGCCUCCUUAUUCGUCUGUUAGAAGUUCUGUCAUUUUGCCUUCAGGCAACUCAUCCCACUCGAUAACGUCACCAACCAGCCUGGCGUCACCACAGUGCGCCACCAGUCCCAUCACCACGUCAACCAUGUCGACUGAUAGUGCGCAACCACCAGUCGGUGUAGCAACAUCUUCAGCGACACCACAAUCGCCGAGUGCACAUUACAUCUUGGCGCCAUCAAAUAGGACUAUUAGUAAUGCCACUGUUACCAAAAAAGGUAAUGGGCACCAAACACCAUUAGCGACCCACGUAUAAGUUAAGUUUCAACGUUUUUCUAUAAAAGACUUUGGAUGAAUUUACUAAGCAAAGACUUUGUGCAUCUGUGUACUAUAGUUAUUUUUUAUUUAAUUUUAAUUUAGACGUAUUUUCCUCCGGUCAUUUCUACGGUCAAAUUAAAGGAAUAUAAUCAAUUUAAAAAAAAAACUUUUGUAAUUUAUAACAGUUUUUGUUCAAGCAUUUUUUUAUUUUGUAAAUUUUAAAAAUUAAAAUGUAUACUUGAAAAAAAAAGGAAAAUGUUUGAAUAAAAACUGGGAAUUUUUGAGUCGUAAAUAGCAUAUUAGUGUUCAAAAAACUAGGUUUAUAGAAAACAUAGAAUACCAUUUAAAUGUUUCUUGUCAACCGAAUUAAGGAAUAAUUGAUCGGUUAUUUCUACCAUGAUGUAAACCCUAUUGUGUAUAUUUUAUAGGUAAUUUUAUUUAAUCAAAAUUUUUCACACUGAGUUGGCAACUGUUUUUUUAACAAACAUAU